GAGCGGCAGUGACAGUGACAGAGACAGAGACAGAGACAGACCACGAGCCUGUGGACGGCACUGACACCAUGGGGAUCCUCUCUGAUCCAAAUCGGCGGCAGGCGCUCUCGCGCAUCAUCACACGGCUAAACGCCCCCCUCUGCAUCAUCAGCUAUUUGGUCGGGGUCGGCUGGUUCCUGGGCCUGGCUUUCCAGCCGUUCACACUGCGCUCCUACAUAUCGGAGAAUUCCAUGGGAUCCACCAUGGUGGAUGAGAAGUUCGUGUACGGGGAGAGGGCGCUGUCCUACGCGCGAGAAUUUGCUGCACACAAGAAGUCGGCCGGGGGCUCUCCUGUCGCCUGGCUGGAGCGGACGAUGCGAGGGAUCGGGCUAGAAGUUUACACUCAGAGCUUCAUUAGGAAUCUGCCGUUUCCUGAUGAGUCCACCGAGCGCUACAUGGUGAAAGGCACUAAUGUGUACGGCAUCCUGCGGGCCCCUCGUGCUGCCAGUACAGAGUCCUUGGUCCUCAGUGUCCCCUGCAGCGAGGGCCAGAACAAUAACCAGGCGGUGGGGCUCCUGCUGUCGCUGGCCUCUUACUUCCGAGGGCAGAUCUACUGGGCGAAGGAUAUCAUCUUCCUGGUGAACGAGCACGACCUGAUCGGGAUGGAGGCCUGGCUGGAGGGAUACCACGACGUCAAUGUGACCGACAUCAAGUCGUCGGUGAUGAUGGGAAGAGCUGGUGCCAUCCAGGCUGCCAUGUCUCUGGAGAUUAGCAGUGAUGUCAUCACCAGUUUCGAUGUGGUCGUUGAAGGGCUGAACGGGCAGCUACCAAACCUGGACAUGGUGAACCUGUUCCUAGCCUUCUGCCAGAAGAACCAGCUGCUCUGCACCAUACAGGGCAAGCUGCAGCGCAAUGACUAUGACACCUUCGCGGGAUACCUACACAACCUGCAGACGAUGCUUCUCAUGGUUCUCAAGCAAGGGUCCGGCCGACCUCAGGGAGACCACGGCCUCUUCCUUCGCUACCACAUCGAAGCCAUCACCCUACGCGGCAUCAACAGCUUCCGGCAGUACAAAUACGACAUGGUCACCAUCGGAGAGACUCUUGAAGGGAUGUUCCGCAAACUGAAUAACCUGUCCGAGCGUCUGCAUCAGUCCUACUUCUUCUACCUGCUUCCCUCCCUCUCCAGAUUCGUGUCUAUUGGGAUUUACAUGCCGGCCAUCGGUUUCCUCAUCCUCAUUCUCAUCCUUCGAGCUCUGGAUCUGUGGAUUAAGUUGAGCCGGCCUGAAACAACGAGCGAGGACGGCGCUGGCGACGCUGAACCGGAGGGCAGACCCGGGCUCCUGUCGCUGGCAACUCCCAUCGUGAUCUGCCACGCUACGGGGCUCAGCCUGUACUACAUCCCAGUGCUGAGCCAGGACAUGGCCACCGACCACUUCCCAGUUUCAGAGUCGGAAGCGGUCGUGCUCAUCGCCAUUGCUAUAUACGUGGCAGGGUUGGCGCUGCCCCAUAAUACACACAGGGUCCUGACUGGCGGCGGAUCGGACCAGGGCUGGAUGACACUGAAGCUGAUCACCCUCCUGUAUCUGGCCGUUCAGCUCGGCUGUAUCGCCGUCAUUAACUUUUCCCUGGGGUUUAUCCUGGCAGUCACCAUUGUGCCAGUGGCCGCUAUUGUCCAGCCCGUCGGACCCAAGCUCCUCUAUGCGUUUCUGCUGCUCCUGGUCACGCCGGCCAUCACUCUACUGGGCAGCAUCUUCCUGUACCGAGAACUUAUUGAGUAUCCGGUUACGUUCUUGGAAUGCUGGCAGAUCUUCCUCCAGGCCAUUGCCGGGGGCAUGCUGGACCACUACCUCUAUGGAUCACUGCUCUUCCCCUUCAUUUCAUUCUUUGUCUACCCGUGCUGGCUGCAGCUCUGGAAUGUGGUCUUCUGGAAGUAAGAACUGGAUUUGGGUUUUAUUCCCUCCCUGAAAAAAAAACUUUCUUGGCAUUGCAACGUUUGGAGGAGGUCCUCGAAGAAUGUAUUUCAAGAGCCAAGUCAGGAA